AUGGCCGUUGAUCCCUCCCAACAACAGACAAACAGUGGCCAGGAGUAUUCGAUAUUGCCCAUGCACAAUGAGAAAGCCUCCGUUCGCCGCCGUGGAUUACUCCGUGUGAGUACUGCUGGCGAAAGUGGUCGACGAGGAAUUCAUCCGCUCCAUUUUCUCUUCGUUUGCUUCAAGAGUACCUGUACGCUAUCCAUGCUGGUGAGCGUCCUCUGGCCCUUUGUCCCGGCAGCCAUCGCCUUCCACUUUGCUCGCCCAGAUCUACAUGUUUGGGUGUUUACCCUCAAUUACAUUGCGAUAGUCCCUUCAGCAAACUUGCUUGGGUUCGCAGGCGGCGAGCUCGCCAAAAAACUUCCCAAGGUGUUUGGUAUAUUGUUGGAGACGACGUUGAGCUCUGUUGUCGAAAUAGUACUGUUCAUGGUCCUCAUCCACAAUGACAAUGGUGGAAAUCUGAUUCCCGUCAUACAAGCUGCCAUUCUUGGCUCCAUUCUGGCGAACCUUUUGCUUUGCCUGGGUAUGUGUUUCUUUUUUGGGGGUAUUUUGCGCGAGGAUCAAAAGUUCCACGAAACUAUCAGCGAAGUAGGCUCCGGGUUAUUGCUGGUCGCAGGUUUUGGCUUGAUGAUACCGAGCGCCUUCUAUGCGGCCUUGAGCGGAAAUUCGGCCAAGGUGCAGAUCACGCCUGCCGACUUGUCUCGCUUCACUCUGAAGAUCAGUAGAGCCACUGCUGUCAUUCUCAUCGUCGCUUUUAUAAUGUUCUUAAUUUACAACCUCCACAGUCAUCAUUCUAUCUUCGACGAAGUUCUUGAGUUUGAUGAAGCCCAGGAUGAAGACCGGGACGAGGAACUCAUGAGGUCCAAGCUAACACUGACAGAGUGCUUUGUAGCCAUAGCAGUUUCGCUUGCAUGUGUUUGCAUGUCAGCCAUUUUCCUAGUCCAGGAAAUUGAGCAUAUCGUCGUCGAGAGGGGCGUGUCCGACAAUUUCAUGGGUCUGAUAUUAGUGCCCGUGGUUGAAAAGGCAGCAGAGCAUCUGACUGCCAUUGAUGAGGCUUGGGAUAAUCAAAUCAACUUCGCUCUUUUUCAUUGCCUCGGUCCUUCUAUUCAAACCGCCUUGUUGAACGCACCCCUUGCAGUCCUCGUGGGCUGGGGCUUGGGGAAAGAUAUGGGGCUGGAUUUUGAGGUAUUCAUGAUUGCGCUGCUUGUACUAUCGAUUCUCGUUGUUGGGAAUUUUCUGCGGGACGGAAAGUCCACUUGGCUUGAAGGUGGUCUUUGUGUGCUUGUCUAUGUUAUCAUAGCAGUCACUACCUGGUACUAUCCCAAGAUUGAAGCUGCAGGGGGGCAUGAGGCAUAG